GACUGCUGUGAGGACGACUGCGCGCACCAUGGCGAGACAGGCUUUAGUCGCAAUACUUGCGAGUGUACUGACGGCCUUAUGCUGCUCCCAGGCGUUUGCGUUCGUGGGAACGGGCAUCAACCUCCACUCUACGCGAUGGAACAGCUGUGGCACGAGGGGCAUGCGCAUGGAGGUGGAGGAGCUUGAACAACUCAAUCCAGCCAUCAAGGGCAAAAAGCUGGAGAUCGUCGAUGAGGCGGAAGGGGUUUGGAAAUAUGAGUUCGACAUUGAAGCUCCCGGACCUAGGACGCAAUCUCUGCACCAUCGAAUCCUGCGAGAGAUCAAGAACAAGUCGGAUUUUCCAGGCUAUCGUAAGGGAGAGAUUCCUCCGCGACUUAUGCCAGAGGCUACCAAGUAUGUGAUUGAGGAAGUCAUGAACGAAGGUCUACAAACAGCUUUGGCUACAUACAACCUGGUUGGAGCGAAGGGAGAUGGGAGUGAGGCUGACAUCAAGAACGACAUUGAAGACAUGCUCAAGGUAUUCAAGCCGGGAAAACCUCUGUCGUUCAGUUGCACGUUUGAUGCGAAACCAAAACCUGAAGAUGAAGACGGUGGCCCAGAUGAUGAUGCGGCAGCAGUGGACGCUGCCUAGUCUAGUAGUGCUUGCGCAGUGAAGGAGAGCAGGUUCAAUCAGCUUUUGAGUAGCCAUCAAAAAGGAAUCCAUCCUCGUCUACCAUCGAUUUAUUCCUUCGCAAAGACGUGUUUUGUCCUGCCAUGGAGAUGUUCGACCCGAAGCGUCUCCCAAGCGACUUCUUGCAAACGAUUGCCUUGUUUGACCAUAUGUGGAACUCCAGGUUUCGUAGAUGAACGAGUGGUAAAAACAUCAGCGUGACGUACCCUGCUCUCUUUUGGCUCGGAGCUUGCGAUUGGGCGCCCUAGAAAUUGGAGGGACAAAAUAAUGUUCCGGGUCCUCUGAUGUAGCUCUUUCGUACUCCGAGUAUUUGCUCUUUAACGUUCGCAAGACUUCACGAACACGGUCGUCCCUCCAGACGGCUA